GUUAUUAAGGGGUACAUUGAGGUGAAGAGAGAGAGGUGAGGAAACAGUUGAGGGCGGCGAGGCGCGCGUCCCUCCCGAGUCGUCAACAGCGGCCAUCACCUCACACAGUCAUGAGUGUGUACACAUUUUUGGAGAUAGAUGUUAAUGCCCAGGUGGAGGAGCUCCGUACCUACCUUAAGGAGGUGGGUGCAGAGAUCUCGGUAGAACGGAGUCCCAAAGGGCUUGAAGAUGACUUGCAUAAAAUCAUUGGGGUGUGCGACACUGCCUUUUCUUCAGAGGCCACGGAGGCUGAGGUGGAGGCACUGUUAAAUUCAAUUGUCUCGGUUCUGAUUGUGGUACCUGUUGGGGAGAAAACAGAGUCGCUCAUCCUGGCAUUCUGUGAGAAACUUGCCAAGGCACCUUCCAACAGAUUAGGCAGUGUCUGUUUAAGAGUGUUGAAUUUGUUAUUCCAUGCUCUGCCAGAGAACCUCGGUGUCCGCUACCAUGUUUACUACACAAUGGUGCAAGUGUCUGGUCAGAUUGGACAGGUGCAGGCAGUGUAUCAGGGUGCAGAGAAGAUGCGUUCCAUGCUUAACACUGCCCAGCCACCACCAUCUACAGAGCAGAUGCAGCAGCUGCUUCGGUUAUUGCAUCAGACUCUUCUUGCCAACAAAAUUAGUGAGGAUGCAAGUAAAGUAAUGAUAGAACUACUAGGAACGUAUACAACAGAAAAUGCAUCUCAAGCCCGGGAAGAUGCUCACCGCUGCAUCAUUGCGUCCCUUGCUGAUCCCACCACGUACAUCAUGGACCAUCUGCUCACACUCAAGCCAGUAAAGUUCCUUGAAGGAGAACUUAUCCACGACCUACUUACUAUAUUUGUGUCGGAGAAGCUGCCCGGCUACAUUCACUUCUACAAUAACCACAAGGAAUUCAUCUCUUCUGUUGGUCUGGAUCAUGAGGCCAAUGUGCGGAAGAUGAGAUUAUUAACAUUUAUGCAAAUGGCCGAGAGUCAGUCUGAGAUGUCCUUCGAUCUCAUCAUGCAAGAGCUGCAGCUUGGUCCUGAGGAAGUGGAAGGAUUUGUUAUUGAAGCUUUGAAAACCAAGCUUGUGAGUGCUCGAAUGGAUCAAAGUCAACACAAGGUUUAUGUUUCAUCAAGAGUCCAUCGCACAUUUGGCCGUAAUCAGUGGCAGGCCCUUCAUGACACACUCAGCGGCUGGAGAGCAAAUCUUAGUCUUGUGAAAGACUCCAUGCAAGCAAUAGUCAGUGCUCCCAUAGGUGCUACCAAGUAACAUUCAUCAUAAUCUUCAUUUUUAUAUUAAUUGACUACUAUUUGUUUCAUGCAUUCAUUUAUCAAUAUCAAAAGUACAUAAAAAAAAAGCAACAUGCACAGUGAAUAUGAAGGUAAAAGGCACUGCAAAAAAUGUGAGAGGACUCCUGUUAUUUACAUUUAAUUAGUGGGGUUUAUUACUGUACUAAAAUAUAUUGUGAAAUGGA